AUGCGCGGGCGGCGCCGGCCGUGGGUCCACCACCAAGCCGAGGGUAGCAACUACCGCAUGGCUGCCUUCGCCGCCGCGGCCGUAGCGCUGCUCCUGCUCUGCGCCGCGAACACGAUCAAUUACCACGCGACCGUAACAGCACCGCAUCACGACGCCGACGUAACCGCACCGCUCGCUGACGACGCCGACGACGCGCGGUCCGUCGAGGUAACAGCGCAGCCGGUGGAGCGCUGCUUCGACGGCCUCGACCACGCGCGCGUGCCGGGAUUGACGGGAGCGGCCGAGUUCACGAUCUCGUUCCAAGUCAAAACGCAAGGCAAGCGAGCCUGCCGCAAGCACCCUACAUAUGAGAAGACGGACCAGUGGCACGCGGGCGGCUGCCAACUCAUCGGCGGCGUCCGCGGCUUUCUCAGAGACCGCACCGCGUGGUGGCUCGAACGGCGGGAAGCCGUGCCGCUAGGACCGCGCGAGGACCUCGUCGCGCCGCGCGGCGGCGGCCGCAAGGAGCAGAAGCGGCGCGAGUUCCUCGAGGAGGUCUUUUCAAGAGGAUCUAGAUCCGACUUCGGCGUCGCGCUCGAGGCGUCGAACGACGGCUUCUACCUCGACCAUUUGCUGUUCGGCGUGGGCCACCGGGACUUUGGGGAGAACGCCCGCGGUCAUGGGGUGAUGCGGCAGUCGGCGCGGCCCGUGAGGGACUACACGUUUGCCGCGGAGGCGCCUGGCUUGAGUGAUGGCGCGUGGCACGACAUCGUCGUGGUGCGAGCUAGACGGCGGGCCCAGAAGGGCGGUGCCAUCGAUUCUGAUGGGGAUAUCCCUGUUGUUGCGUCUUUGCAUGAUACGGCUGAACUGCAUGUGUACAUUGAUGGAGCACGCGCUCCUGGCACGUUCCGAGUGACGGGCGAACGGCCCGGCGACGCCGUCGCGAGGGACGCGGCCCAAAUUUCAGGUGGCUUGCCCGGCGGCGCCUUCGCCGGGCUGCCCCACGUACUCGUGGACGCUCCCGUUAAUGUAACGUUGGGAGACCACUUCCGGGGUUGCUUGCGUCAUAUUACCUUUCAUACGAGGGCGCUUGAUAUCAAAGAAGUACAACAGGGCGCGGAGAGGCUCUCCCGAAAGCAGGGCAUGACAAAACCAACAAGACCGAUCCCGAUGUACUUCUCGAGUCAUGAUGAUGAGGGCUCGCGGGAGAUGCGCGACAGGUUCGUGCAUUCGCUCCAGGAUUCUGCUGAUGAUAUUGAGCUACGGGAGGUCGUCAUCAGAAACACGGGCGAGGACCAGACGCAGCGCUUUGGCACGAAAAUUGAUCUCAUACUAAAAGCCAUCGAGGAGAACCCGCCGGGUAGUUAUGUCAUCAUUUCCGAUGUGGAUAUCCGGUUCUUCCGGCCCAUCCGGCCGUUCAUCGAUGCGAUAGCGACGGGGGAUUAUGACAUCGUCUUUCAAAGAGACGAGGACCGGUCGUUGCAAGGCAAUUUAGGAUUCAUGGCGAUGCGCUGUUCUCAUCAAGUCGCGGACAUGUGGCGCAUUGCCGGCGGGGUGGUCACGCAGAAGAGGCGAGGUAGCACGGGCGACCAGAGGAUCGUGAACCGGGCCUUGGCCGAGCCGUCGUUCUACGGGAAUCCCAGAUUGAGGUGGACUUUGUUCCCGCCGGAACUGGCGACGGACAUCUUUGUUGAUUCUUUGACGCGAGACGGCAUGUACGGCACGGGCUACAACAACUGGGUCCUCUUCCACGCGAACCGGUACGGGCGCGCGGACAUGCGCUCUUCCCGAGCUCGCAUUGCCAAGAUGAACCUGUUGUCCUACGCCGAGAGUCUCGUCGCGCGGCCCUUUUCCAUGGGCACGGAGGCGCCUCCUUUCGUGGGCGCGACGCCGGCGACCCUGGGGGACAAGCGGCAGGCGGUGGCCCUCGGCAAGGGCCGCCCGCCCUCGGGCGACGAGGCGCCGCAGACGCGGUGGCAGCACCUCGCGACGAAGGUGGCGCCGGCGCGGCGGCGUUUUCCCCGGGACACGGAGGGGGGGUAA